GUAAGUUUGAGGCAUUUAUUUUUCUCGGCUAACUUAAAGAUGGUGCCUGAAUAAGUUGGCCCAAUUCUCAAAAAUACUGAGUUAAAUCUGUAUGGCCCAGACAUGUAAUUAUCCCCCCUUCUUUAAACAUUUUGCCCAUUGUAGUGGAAACGGCACAGGUGUUUUAACUAACGAGGGCUUAAUGAAUGUUCCGAGUGAGCUCUAAAGGUGGACCAACAUCUACAACCACCGCUGUUUGUGCUGUUCAUGCUGUGACAUGGUUUUCUUUUCUCCCCCACCACCAGGUCUGUCUUUGAGGUAUCUGACUUAUGUGAAAUAAAAUCUUGACACACUUGUCUCUUUUACUUGGCUUUGACACGUACCAUGAAGGGCACAUCCAGGUGUUCAGGAAUUAGCUUGACUCUGACGGUGUGUUUAAGGUUCAGGACAUGUUCGGGGAAAUAAAUGAAUAAAUAUCCAACACAGCGUCAGCUCCCGUAUUAUAAACGGAGACGUGUCCGCCUCAAAAUGUAAUCCCUUUUCGAGUGGAACAGUGACGGGGUUCGAGGAAAGCAGCCGUAUAUUUGACUCAUUUCUACGCUCGCCGUGUAGCGGAGACGUUACGGGUCGCUGCGAGCCAACUUCACGCGAGAUUUCGCUCCUUCUGACCGAUUCAACAUGGCGCCGUAGGAACGUUGUUAUUGUUCCGUCGCUCCUACUCGCUCUCGCAGUCAGACUAAAACUACGUAGAUAAAAAAGGCCGAACGCGUCCGUGCUGGCAUGAAAGGAGCAACUGGGGAUAAUGUUAAGAUCCACCGGCUUCUUCCGAGGGAUUGACUGUCCGUUUUACGCGGAGCACAGCGAGGGCCAAGGCGGCAGGAAUGGGUGUAACAGACCGUACUGUCACUUCAGGCACAGCCAGCAGAGACGGCCGUCCUACGGAGCACCGGCAGAUGUUAAAAAGCAGAGAGACCUUCCAUCCGCACACAAAGAUCAAGGCUACGAUCCCUUCAAUCCUGAAGUAGUGAGACCACAGGAGCAGCAGAAUGGCAAGCCGGCCGCCUCGAGCGACAUCAGUGGCGCUUUGGAGCUGGUCAACAAGGCCAUUGAGGAGGUCCGCAGUGAGGUGGAGCGGGAGAAGAGGAAGCUCUCUCGGAUUGGGGACGAACCAUACAAUCCCAGCGAGAACGCCAGCUUGUCUUCGUGCAAGACGGAUACGAGUAAAGCGGCGGGUUCGCACUUGGCCUAUGAUCCCGGGAGUUAUCAGAUCACAUCAGGAGGGUAUAAUCCCACCCCUGGCUGCAGCAAGUACACCCUGGAUUCAGACAAUCAGGGGCACAACAGCAACUCUAUGGAAUACGUUCCCAUGUCGCUGAAAAGGCCUUUGUCUCGGACACACUCGCACCAACCUCCUUCUCCUCCUCCUAGCCCAAAGCGUUCGAAUAGCACGUCCUCUUCAAAGUGCAAGUACACUGUGGAUAAUUCUAGGCCAUCCACGGACAUGGAGUACGACCCGCUGUCCAACUACUCGGCUGGAAUCGCCGUGAAAAACAAGAGGAGCAAGAGCGCUCGGCCCGUCAGGACGGAAGGCAGCAAGGCACACAAGCUGUCGGGCUCGGAGUUGUCCGAUGAGGACUAUGUCGUAGCUGCAAAAAAGCCACGGCAGCAAACCGUAGACACAAAAAAGUACACCUUCUCUGACUCUGACGGGGAGAGCUCUGGGGCGGAGUAUCGCCCCACCUCGCUUAGCAAUCUGCAGCAGAGAAAAGCCGCCCACGGUUCAGACUCUUUUGGGAAGGGGAAAAAAGGGAGUGGUGAAAGUUUGCUAAACGCACUGAUGCAGAGGAAUAAGCAGGACUCUGACAUCCAGGAAAAUAUUAAAAGAAAGGACAGCCCAGAGAAAAAGAAGAAAGAGGGAGGUCAGACUAGUCAGGUGAAAAGUAGCAAAACUGAGAAACUACAUAAACUCGAAAAGGGAGCAAACAAAUCAUCCAGUAGUAAGAGUAGCAUCAGCAGCAGCAGUAAAGACAGAGGGUCGAUAAAAAGCUCAAACCAGGAUUCGGCGAAAAAGGAGAACAGGAGUCACGACAAGAAGGACGACAGGAAGAACACAGUGAAGGUUAAGAUGUCGGAUAAAAUUCGCAAGGAAAGCAGGGACGAAAAGAAGAGUGACACCAAGUUGAAAACUUUGGAUAAAGUGAAAACGGACUCAAGCAAGCAAGAUAAACAUGCAGAAAACGGCACGAGGGAAAGCAAGAAGCCCAAAACAUCAGACAAGGAAAAGGAACAGAGCAAAUAUAAAGAGCAUCCCCACAAAAACGGGAAGCUCGAUGGUAUUAGAAGAGAAAAAGAUGCGAAAAAAGUCAGCAAAAGCAGUUCUAGCAGCAGUAAAGCGAGCCCAUCGAACAGCAAAGAUAAAGCGAAGCAAAGCAUUGGUGCUUCGAGCGUAAAGAGACAGAGUUUGAGUCUGAGCCACGCCGAUCUGUUUGGAGACGAGAGUCCGGACGAGGCCGAGCGGAUGGAGGCGGACUACGACGACGAAGCCGAGGAAGUCCUGGUGAGGAAAUCUGCCGACGCCUUAAAGAGGACUCGUCUGAACAAGAGGAAAGCGUCGGAGCUGACUCCGUCCUCCUCGGAGGACGAGGGCGACCGCGACGUGGACUGCAGCAGGGCGGGCAGGGACGAGGUUGACGGCGUCAGAUUUGACCUGUCCGGUUUCCAGGACGAUCUGGACUUUGACUCAGAUCCCAUGGAGGAGUGUUUGAGGAUCUUCAAUGAAUCCAAAGACGUGAAGAAGGAAGACAAAGGAAGACAGGCCAAGCAGCACUCUAGGGACUCAGAGGAGGAGAAAAGCACAGACAGCACUUUAACCACUCUCUUCCCUGGUCAGAAGAAGAGAGUCUCCCAUUUUGUUGCCAAAGGAAAUACCGAUGCACCUUCCAGGACUGCGGUGCGGCCGUACAAGAGACCCACGGCCCAGGAGAUCUGCUACCAGCGUAUGCAGAUGGCCCAACAGCAAGCUGCUCAGCUCUCUGCUUCGGUCAAAGCAGCAUCACAGGCCUCAAGCCCCAGCUUCUCUGGAGAGAGGAAGAGAAUAGCGCACCGUCCUAACCCUCAGAUAGCAUCCUCCAAAACAAGUCCCACAGACACUAAACAUGCUGCAGGUCGCAUGUUAUCCCCCAGUCAGGCCCUUCAGAGUGUCAAAGCUCAGACCACAGUCGGUAUUUUGUCCAAGACCUCGUCUACCGUCACGCAGAAGAGGGUGGCGCACACACCCACCCUGAAGAGUACUUCAAUGAGGCGUCCUGUCAUCCCCACCGAGUUCGGGGCCAAAGUUCCCACCAACAUCCGCCAGCGCUACCUCAACACUUUCAUCGAUGAAUGCGUCAAGUUUUGCCCAUCGGAGGACGGCGCCUUCCAAAUGGCCCUCGAUGAGGAGAAGCUGGUGUACGAGCGCAGUAGCAGUAAGAACAUCUACCUCAAUGUAGCUGUCAACACGCUAAAGAAGCUCCGGAGCAAGAGCAGCGCCAGUCCGUCUCCCGUCACCAAGGACCCGGGGUCAGCAGCUAAAAGGAAGCCACAGUCCCACGAAGAAGUUCUGGGAGGUCGUCUUGCUGCCACAACCAGCUUCACUGUAAACAGGAUGGGUAAACAGCAGGAGGAGAAACUCAUCGGAGCUACACUGUACAGGAAGAUGAAGGCGUACCUGAUGACAGAGGAGCAGCUCCAGGAGCACGGAUACCCGAGGCCGAACCCCGAGGCCGCCGGCAAGGCCGUCAUUUACAACCAGCCCGAGAAGAAGGCGGUCGCAGACCCGUUUACCAAGAUAUGCUGUCGAUGCGGCGCAGAGUAUAAGGUCAACGUUAACGGCAGCUGCGUGCGGAAGGAGGAAUGCAGCUUUCACUGGGGACGUUUGCGACGACACAAAGUUGCUGGAGGCUGGGAGACCAACUACAGCUGCUGUGCUGCAGCUGUGGGCGCUCCAGGCUGCCAAACGGCCAAGCAACACGUUCAGGACGGGCGUAAAGAAUCACUGGACGGCUUCGUGUCGACCUUCAGCAAACCUCUGCCUCCAGAUGGAAACGGAGGGGUGUUUGCUCUGGACUGUGAGAUGUGCUACACAAAGCAGGGCCUGGAGCUGACCAGGGUGACGGUCAUCGACUCGGAGAUGAAAGUCAUCUACGACACGUUUGUGAAACCUGAAAGCAAAGUGGUGGACUACAACACGCGGUUUUCGGGUGUAACGGCGGAGGAUCUGGAGAGCGCCGCCAUCACCCUGAGAGACGUUCAGGCCGUGCUGCUCUCCAUGUUCAGCGCUGAAUCCAUCCUGAUAGGACACAGCCUGGAGAGCGACCUCCUCGCUCUGAAACUCAUCCACAGCUCGGUUGUAGACACGGCCAUCGUGUUUCCUCACCGCCUUGGUUUGCCCUACAAGCGUGCCUUGAAGAACUUGAUGGCCGAUCACCUCAAACGCAUCAUCCAGGACAACGUGGAGGGCCACGAUUCGAGCGAAGAUGCAACUGCCUGCAUGGAGCUGAUGAUCUGGAAGAUCAAGGAAGACGCAAAAGUCAAAAGAUGACCUCUGACCCCUCUGCUCUGUGUUCUUCAGUAUGAUUUCCUGCUUUCAUGCUGGUUGCAGGCGGACAGAAGUUCAGGAGGAAUGCACUUGCUCUCACUAAGAACCUGUGGUGAGAGGAACGGGGGGGUUGGUUGAACAGAGUUUGACAUUUUAAUCAGUGAAAGUCUGAGAGGAGCUCGGUGAUGAUGCUGAGAGGAGCUCGGUGAUGAUGCUGAGAGGAGCUCGGUGAUGAUGCUGAGAGGAGCUCGAUGAUGAUGCUGAGAGGAGCUCGGUGAUGAUGCUGAGAGGAGCUCGAUGUUGACGCUGUCUACUGUGUUUGAGAUGAGAGCUGUCAGCCCCCCUCAAAGCAAUAGGAGCCUCAGUUAACCAUGUUUUCAUUCGCUGAUUUUUACUUCAGUUCUAUAUAAUGUAAGUUAACACAUAUUUCUGUUUAAGGCCUCAGACCUACUCAUAAUUAAAACCGCUCCACGGGAGAACUAGUUAGAAAGUCGGGUCAUUGUCCACUGAACGUUAGGAAUUAUUAUGAUAUUCAUGGCAGGCUGUACCUUCGGCCUAAAUUGCACUAUAGAAAUGCUCUUGUUGUUUAGGGCCCAAGUCUGAGUACCUCAUGUGUGUCGUAAUGAACGAUGUGUUACUUGUUCUUAGUUACAUUUAGGUGCUUUCAUCUCUUAGCCGUGUAAAUGCGCUUCUUUCCGUCGCACAUAGUUUCCUCUCGCUGGCGCUGUUUAUACGGCGUUUCUAACAGAGAUCAUUUUGUCGGUUGCCUCUCAAACCUGAGAAAUACUUGAUCGUGUCGGAGGGCAGAAAACAAAAUAAAGUCUGCCUGUUUGGUUUGGUGUAGCUGAAGGAUUCUGUCUGUGUUUUACUGUCCAGACACAAUACUCACUAUAUCCACCGCUGUCUCUGCAUGAAGUAGAACCACAGGAAUAGUCGUGCCAGCAGGUAUGACUUUGUUUUUCCUCCGUAAAAUGA